UAUGUACUUAUGUAUACUGCAUAUGUAUAUGUAUGUAUGUUCUGUGACCGUGAUGAAAUGUAUGGUGUAGUAGGAGCAAGUAGGAGAUUCUUACGCAUAGGUUAUAUUUAAAGUAUUUAUCUUUCAAAUCAAUGUCGAUUUUCUACAGUUAAUCGCAACAAUAUUCAUCACUGCAAUAGGCGCAGUUACAGUAUGCAACAAUGAAAAAACUCAACGAAUUAUUCACAGUUUACUUCUUAUUACAAUAUUUGUAUGGUGUUUGUACGACGCACUUGCUCAUAAAUGUAAAAAAUCAGGGUGGUGAUAUUCUAUUAGAGACUAUUUCAUCAAAUGUAACAGAAGAUGUAAUCACAUUAGAAUUUCAAUGCUCGGAUGGUACUUUGGUAACACAGCUUAUCGACUUCAAAAAUGAAGUACAAAUUAUAAAAGCCUUGGUUUUGGGUGAAGAGGAACGUGGUCAAAAUCAAUAUCAAGUUUUAUGCUUUGUAAACCACUUCUUCAAAGUGGAUUUUAUAUCGUCUGAUGCUAUGUCUAAAUUAAGACAGAAAAAUCCUGGAACUGUUCGCAUAGCAGAAGAAGAUAAAGGUCAUGUGAAUUAUACCAUGGACCUAUUUUUGGAUGUAUCUGAAUCGAAAGAUAUUUCUAAACACAUUGCCACUCUUUGUGGAGAAGCAGCNAGUGAAAUUAAAUUUUCAUAG